UCAUAACCGUAACUUUUAUUUGCUAUAGUAUUUAUAAAUGUAAAUAUUUGUUCAAGAUUUUUGGAUAACUAAUUGAAAUUUGGACUUACUAUUAUAUAUGUGAUAGCUUAUCACAAUAUUUUUGACAAAAUUAUUUAAUUUAUAGAAUUUUUCGGCACUUUCCUGACUUAUCGAGUGCGUAUCCCGAUGGACAAUAUCCUGGUCCAAUAAUGAAGUAUUGAAAAUUAAUCAUAUUUGUGUCAUCAGCGUGACCUGGUAAAUUAUUAUUCAUUGUGUGUUGAUCUCUAUGGAUAUUCAUAAAGUUAUUUGGAUAAUCAUCGGCUCUGCGAUAAUCAAGGAUGCUGAAAACUGUGUCUCUAGACUUAUCCAGCAACUGACAGAACAAAAAAGUAUAUUUUAUUUUAAACAUUGGAAAGAGAUUUUUUUUAAUAAGUAGGAGUUUAAUGUGGAGUACAACAAAAUUUUUUUUUAUACUUAAAACUAAGCUAGAAACCACAAAAACAUGUUAUAAAAGUUAUCAAUUUACUUACUUUCUUAAUAAGUAGAAGGGAAGAUUCCAAUUCUUCUCGUGCUAUUUGAAAACUAUCAACCACUUGUCUAUGGACACAAAGUACUAAUAAAAGUAAAACACAAAGUUUCACAAUACUUCGAGGCAUUUCGACUUUUUUUUUAUAAUGAUGGUUUUCAGAAUAACAAUUAUUUUUUUGUGAUAAAAAUAUUCAAAAUUUCACAACUUUUAAGCGAGCUUUUCAAAUAUAUUUCAACUUUGAAUCAGUCGAAACAACUUAUUGUGGUUUUUAUAUGAAUUUACAUGCUACAAAGCACGAAGUAAUUUUAUUUUUUCUUCAGAAGUUAUGUUUGAUACGUUUCUACUCUAAAGCUUGGAAGAACUACGAAAUCGGUUUAAAAACUUAUGAUAGCGAGUUAUUGAAGUGUAACAAAUGCAAAUGACAGCUCUUUAUAUGCUAAAAAUGACUUAUCUAACUAUCUCCUGAUCAACUGAGAUAACGAUAAGUGUUGAAUUUCAUAUUUUGAAAAGGUUUAUUGGUUUUUCAUAGUAAUAAUGCUUAGAAUAUUUUCAUUCGAGUAUUUUUAUCUUGAAAUCGAACGUUGAACUUUGGCUGAUGUGGUAGUUAGAAUUGAACAAUUUCAAUCGAAAUCUCCGUUUGAAAGCUUCAAAAAAUGACCUACGAAUUAUUAAUUAUGACCAUUAAUUUGAUACGAUCUUCGUUUUCUAAAAUUUACUCUUGCUUUGUACUGUGUAUAUAUUUAUUUCCGCAUGGAACAAUAAUUCAAUAAUCAUGUACUAUUACAACGUAAUUUGAAAAAUAAACAGUACACACACUAAGUAGCCGCAAAUCCUGAAAUGAUGUAAAUUAUAAUUUAGGAAAGGGUAUGGCAAGUUUUAGUGAUAAUAUUUGAACCAUAUCAAUGAUGUUUUAAUUUUGAAUGUUAUUUUUAUCAAACAUCGCUUGAUCAUCCAGUGCGUCAGACGUGUUGCCAUGCAGAUAUUAAUCUGAAUUAUAAAAAUAAUUCGACUAUCUUCAUUAUUUGAAGUACAUUGUUUAAAUAAAAAAAAAAUUUCAAAGUAAAACGCAAAAAGUGAAAGUUGAAUGCAUUUCCUAACUUGUUUCCUUGAACAAAUUUCCACGGUUAAUUCUGCUAACAUUUAUUACUUGCUUAAAAGAGCGUCACGAGUGGGUUAUUUAUAUCAUUUAUGUGCACAUAUAGUUUUUACCAGUGGAAAAUCGAAAAUGCUAACAAACGAUAAGUGCAGAUAAAACCAAUCAAUUAUUGAAGAACUUUGCGCAAUCGUCCACGUUUAUCUCGCAGAUAUUUUGGCCUCCCAUCGGAAUUCAAACGUGGAGGAACAUUAAUGAUACUCCGCUUCGAACGCAGGGUCGAAUCAUCGGUUUCACCAUUAUCCGUAACACUCGUUUGAUCACAGCCAGAAUUCAUUUCUUGAUCGAGUUCUAGCAGAAGUUGUAAAUUGUUUUUCGCGACAUCGUUACUCGAUCUUUGUUGCCCAUUUUCUGACGAGUCUUUCAUUUUUCACGGCUAAUACUACUUAGAGCGUUGCUCGUCUCUGAUUAUUUCAGUUACGUACGAUGCUGAAUCAAUUGGUCUUAAAACCGAGCACGAAAGAAACAAAGGCUGUUGGAUUGGUCGCUGGUGAGACACUAAAUAUCAGCCUGCGGAUCGCCAAGGUUUAAAGACAUAUCUUAUCUGUUAAGAGAUAAGGAGAACGACGAGUUCAUAUCCCAGAGGACGCUGGACGUCGCCAAGGACGUCAUGUCGAUGAUUCGGCAACAUUCCAGGGAAGAAGGGCUGUUUCGGCGCUCGGGACGCGGGAUGCUGCGCGACCACGUGCUUGACUCGCUGCGGAAGGGGGAGAGGCUGCGGAUCGCCAACGGCCCGGACUCGGCCAAGGAGUGCGCGGCCGCCUUGCACCUGUUCCUCGUGCAAAUGAAGUCGCCCUUGAUACCGCGCAGAGUGCAGCAAUUGCUGCUCGCUGACAAUCCUGGAAUAGAAGCACAAAUGAUAGCAGAAGAUGCGCUCGGACUGAUUCGCCAAGACGUUUCCGGUCGCCAGAGCGAGCUUCUACGCCAUCUGCUCGAGCUUCUGAGACAUUUAAUAAUCAAUGCGACGUUGUCGCAAAGAGCGGACACUCGAUCGCCUCCGCUUGCUGUCAUAUUUCUUCCAGUUUUCUUCAACCUAUCGACAAUUGAUAUAAUGGAGUGGCGACGAAUCGCGACAAGGUUAAAUGAGCUAAUAAUCGAGGCCCCUUAUCACUUGAAUCGUCAAAAUAAACAAUCUGAUGCAAUUGACGGUGGCGUUGCUCCCGACCAGACGAUCUUGAUGGCCAGGCUCACUUUGUACGAUCCACUUGUGAGAGGCGAUCAGAACAGAAAUGAUGAUCAAGUUAAUGACGAGACAAGACAAUACGAUCGCUACUUGCAACGUCCACUUGCAGGCAGACUUCAUCCAGCUAUAUUACGAGUGAGAACAUAAAGGAUUAGGAUAUUCAAGUGAAACUACAGCAAUAUAUCUUACAAUGCA